AUGGGUCGUUUGUGGUGGCCAAUUGUACUGUUUAUAUUGGUAAUAGUGUGUUCAAUAUCUGCCAAUGCCUGGAAAACAAUUGAAAUAAAUCAAAAUUUGGCAAAAUGCAUUCAAAGUAUGAUUCGUAAUGACAACGCAACACCUAUUAAAUAUAUUCUAAUAAGCACCGAAACAGAUUCAAAAUCGGAAAAAUUGAAAUUUCUAGAAAUAGUCGAUCAACUUUUGGCUUCAAAUGAUUUGGAUGUGGUUUUUGAAAUAGAUAACAAAAAUCCUGAUAAAAUUUUGGAAUUUCCCGUUCAUAGACGAAUUUUAUUUGUGGAUUCAGUUAAAUCAUUUAGGCGACUUAUAGACUAUCAACGCUCGCAUACAAACGAUGUUUCUGGAAAUUUCCAAUAUUUUUACGUCAUAUUACCAAGUAAUGUUGAUGAUUUGGAAUAUAUCGUGCAACAGAUUACUGCAUUUUGUCUAGCAAAUAUGAUAGCAGACGUGAAUAUUUUAGUCAGCAAUACCGAAGGAUGUGUAACAAUUUAUUCGUAUUAUCCGUUUACACCAGGAAACUGCCGAAAUAGUAAGCCUGUUAUCGAAAACUAUUACAAAAAUGGAUCUUUCAAAUGGAUAAAGGCAGUAUUUCCACUAAAAUUGAUGAAUCUAUGGCAAUGUCCUUUGAGUGUUAUCGUUUGGGAUGAGUCUCCAUUUAUUAUAAAUGCAAAGAAGCCGGAUCGUAGGUCAGGAGUUGAUAUAGAAUUUUUGAAUUUUUUCAAAAACAAUAUGAAUGUUACUUGGAAUUUCAUCAAUAUUGAAUCUGGCCCGGGAGAAAUUUAUUCCAAUGGAACAAUUUCCAAGGGUUUUAAGAUGCUAAAUGAAAGACGUGGAGAUUUAAUGGCUUGUGGAUCAGUACUCGACUCAAAAAGAAUUUCACGUUUUGCUGCUACACAGUUUUACUAUGGCAAAUCCGCACGAAUAAUAUUGAAACCUCCUGAGAAAUAUGGUCCGCUAUCAGUUUUACUGUUUCCCUUUGACAAAUUUACUUGGCUAAUAGUAUUUUUAGUUAUCGUAGGAAAGUGGAAUUUUGAGGCUCUUUGGAAUAGAAUAUCGAAAAAACUUUACUUCAGCAAACGAUUGUCAUUGAAAGCCUUAAUGCCAGUAUGGCUUUUAGGAGUAUUGAUAAUUCGGAGUUCUUAUGAAGGCUCACUUUAUAAAUAUCUUCAUGAUAAUCCUUUGAAAAAGCUCCCUCAAAAUUUAAAUGAAGCAAUUACAGAUGGAUACACUUUAAUUGUUCAAAAAAACUUCUAUUAUAAUUAUGGUCAAAAACUACUGAUGGAGAUAGAUAAAUCUAGUAUACUUUUGAUUGAUUUACCGAUCGAAGAAAUUCAUAAAUAUUUUACAAAAAUCAAAAAUGGAAAAUAUACUUUAUUAUCAAGUGGUGACUAUUUAGCAGGUUAUAGAAGUCAUAAAUCUCCUCUGAGAGAGAAAUAUCAAAGUUUAAUUGUUAGCGAUGAAGUAAUUUUAAUGUUUUAUACUGGCAUUUAUAUGCCAAAAUUUUCAUUUUUAACUGCAGUUUUGAAUAAGCAAAUUGCAUGCAUUUAUUCAAGUGGUUUGGCAAUUAAAGUACAUCGAGAUAUAAUUCUUAAUGAAAUGAAAAGAAGGAAAUUUAUUGCAGGAAGAAAUUUACCAGUGAAAAUGUCAACGGAGCAUUUUUUUGGAGCAUUUCAGAUAUUGGCUGGUAUGUUGGUUAUUGCUGGAUGUGUGUUUCUAAUCGAGAUCGUUUCAGUACGAAACAGAACAACAAAGUAG